GGAGCAGGCUUGCUGGCUGAAUGCUGGACUGACUAAAGAAGGACUCAGCUACCAAAAGGGGACUUUUUAUUCGGGGCAGGGAAACACGAUGGCCUCCAACUUCAACGAUAUUGUGAAGCAAGGAUACGUGAAAUUUCGUAGCAGAAAGCUGGGGAUCUUCAGGAGAUGUUGGCUGGUGUUUAAGAAGGCGUCAAGUAAAGGGCCACGAAGAUUAGAAAAAUUUCCUGAUGAGAAAGCAGCUUACUUCAGGAAUUUCCAUAAGAUAACUGAGCUGCACAACAUCAAGAACAUAACCAGAAUGCCCCGGGAGACGAAAAAACAUGCAGUGGCAAUUAUCUUUUAUGAUGAGACGUCAAAGACAUUUGCUUGUGAGUCAGAGCUGGAGGCCGAAGAGUGGUGUAAACUGCUGUGUGUGGAGUGUCUGGGUACCAGGCUUAAUGAUAUCAGUCUCGGUGAACCAGACCUGUUAGCAGCGGGCGUGCAGAGGGAACAAAAUGAGAGAUUUAACGUUUAUUUGAUGCCUACGCCAAAUCUGGACAUUUAUGGAGAGUGCACUAUGCAGAUCACACACGAGAACAUUUAUCUGUGGGACAUCCACAACGCCAGAGUCAAGCUGGUCAUGUGGCCCCUGAAUUCCCUAAGGAGAUACGGAAGAGAUUCAACCUGGUUUACAUUUGAAUCAGGAAGAAUGUGUGACACUGGAGAGGGACUUUUCACGUUUCAGACGAGAGAGGGAGAAAUGAUCUAUCAGAGAGUACACUCUGCCACGCUGUCCAUUGCAGAGCAGCACGAGAGGAUGCUAAUGGAAAUGGAGAAACAUUCACAGACACACUCAAAUGAGACAACAUUAUCAAAGUCAAUAUCUCUGCCACGGAGUGCUUACUGGCAUCACAUCAUGCGUCAGAGCAGUGUGGGGGAUAUCUACAGUUUCCAAGGACCAAGCUUGACGAUGACACUCAUACCCCGAGCGCAGACAUUCCCCAGCUUUCUAUCAGAGCAAAGUGGCGAUGAGCCGCAGCCUCUGACUCAACACCAAGAACAAGCAUUGUCUCCCUCUAGUGGCUAUGGAUUGAACUACACUUCUGAACACAUCCAAUGACAUGUGCUGAAAGGCUGAAAGUUUUCAUCAAGCCAAGACAGGACAUUCCAAUACUUUAGCAAGCUUAUAGGAAUAAAAUGUAUCCAAUCAUAAUACUCAUAAUAUUUGUAGAGCAACAACCAUA